AUGACGCAGAAAGCAGCCGCUGCUCCCAGGGGGCCCCACGGGCUUCGAGGGCCCCCCAGCCGUACUUCACCUUCUGUUGGAGGGUCUCUAUGUGCAGCAGCAGCAUCAAGUAUGUCUCCUUGCAGCACAGCAACUGAGGUGGGGGCCCCCCUAGAGGGGGGCCCCUCUGGUACUCUUCAAGGGGACUCUACUUUGCCUCGUGCUUUAUUGUCUCUCUUUACACCUGGAGAAGGGUUUAUAAGCUUGAGGGCCCCCUCUCCCUUUAACUUCUCUCUUCAAUUGCCUCUGGGGGCCCUCUUGGGGGCCCCCUGGAGCCGCUGCAGCUGCAGCACUGCAGCAGCAGCAGCUGCAGCUGCAGCUGCAGCGAGCCCCUGCUGCACCACAGAAGAGCAACAGGAUGAGGGGCCCCCCGCCCUUUCUGCUUCUAAGACAGCAGGGGUCUCCCCUAUGUUUAAGGGGCCCCCUGUGGGGCCCGGGUGUCCCUCCAGUGUACCCUCUUGGGGCCCUGCAAAUGGUGCAGGGGCCCCCUUAGAAGGGGGGCCCCCCUCUAAGAAGGCUGUAGGUGAAGGGAGACCCAACUUGCUGUCUCUGCUGCUGCCGAAGAGUCAAGGAGAAGAAGCAGGUGAAGGUGCUUGUCUGGUUGUUGAUAAGGAUGGCAGCUGGAGCUUUGCUAGAGACAGGCGUCAUCUCGAGGGCACCCUCAGCCACGUGGCUCUACACUGUGUCGGCACCGCAGCAAAUAUGCUGCUCUUUGCUGCUAUAGGAAAUGCAGAAGAAGCUGCAGCAGGCUGGGCAGACUUCUAA